AUGGCCUUCCUCCCUCCACCAGAUGCGGCAUCUACACCAUAUGGUUGUGUUGCAUUAUGCAAUCGACGUCUCACCGCCCCCCUCUUCCGUCUUCGCGCUCCUAUAUUAACCCCAUCCCUUUGCUGGCAUUCUCAGUCUGCUAUCCUCACAUUCUGCUCUCUCAAGGAACUCCACUCGGCGAUCGUCAUGAAACUCAUCGCCAUCCGAAAGCAGAUCCAGAAGCGAGAGCAGUUGCCGAUGCUCAUGCUAGUCCCGAUCCUGUCGCCAGAGGACACCCAGGCAGCUUUAGCUCGAGUAGCAGCAGCGGAGGCUUUGGCAAGAAGAAGUUCUCCUCCUCCUCCUCCUCUUCCUCCUCCGGCCUGGGGAAGAAAUUUGAGGACCACUAUUUCUUUUUUGAAGUUACGAAGAUCCCCGGCGGUCGGAAAUGAAGCUGCUCGGGUCUCUCCAUCUCCCUCUUCUGCGCUGUUUAUUCAUCGAUUGUUGAUGGGCGUGGCUUUCGGGGAUAGCCAUGGAACAGGGGGAACCCCCACCGCGUUCGACUGCGGCCAGGCCUGGAUCGUGCUGGAGCCAGACUUCCUAUGCAGCUCAGAGGGGGAAUGCGCCGAUGGAACUGGUUUCCAAGAUUUGCAUUUCAAUGCGAUUCAAAAUGACAUCAAGGUGGAUGUCAUCUUGGGCGAUUAG